AUUAUUUUAUUAUUGUGUAUUUAACUGCGUGAUCGUGCAUUUUGCCGGUGUUCUCGUCUUCAGUUGGUUCGUCCUGUGUUGAAUAACAAGUACAAUUAAUUAUCAAUUACUUUUUUAAUAAUUACAAUCUAAAAGUAAUUUGAAGACAAUGGCUACUAUUAUCCGUGAAGAAUUAUUAAAAGAAUUUGGUUUCUGGAGUACGGUGCUCGUCGUUAAAAUUUUGAUAAUGGCUAUUCUUACUGCACGUCAACGUUUUGCUAAAAAGGUCUUUUCAAAUCCUGAAGAUCGCAUGGACAAAUCCUCCAAGAUAACUACCGAAGACCCUGAUGUUGAACGUGUUCGUCGCGCGCAUCAGAAUGAUUUGGAAAAUAUUCUGCCCUGGUUUGUUAUGACACUCAUUUGGCUCACAACCGGACCUUCAAAGUUCCUCGCCGUGACACUUAUCAGAACCUUUACGUUUGCUAGAAUAAUUCAUACCAUUGCUUACGCUAUUUUUGCUGUUCAACCUUACAGAGCAAUUGCAUUUUUUGUUGGGUAUGGAAUCACCAUUUACGAAGCUAUUUCUACGUUGAUUUAUUACAGCGCUUAAUUUUUUACGUUAAUUUUAUUGUGAUGAGUUCAUAAGUGAUGACUUUCACAUUUUAGCGUAUUAAGAGUUGUCUAUUUUUUUAAUGAAGCACGAUGAGAUAGAGAUUAAUUUUAUAAAUGUUGAAACUUUAGAUUAUUUUAAUAUCAAAGUUUUAUAUUGUAUAGUUAAUAUUUUUUUUACGCACUGAUAAGGAAAUUGAUUUUUAUACUUUAAUGUAAUCCAAUAUCUUUAUCUUGAAAUUAAAAAAUAAAAAAAAUCAAAUCAA